AUGCCAUCCAGAAGAAAAUCCAUGAUGUUUGCUUCUGCUUUUCUCACCAGCAUCUGCUCCUUUGUGAUAGUUUGCCUUGUCCUUGCAACCAAAAACUGGAUCUCAAGUGAGAUUUACUAUACUAUUCUCAAUUCAACUGGGAAGACAACAAUUACAUAUGGACUCUUUGAUGGAGUUUGCUCAAGUAUGCAGAAUGAUCUUGAUACACCACAAUUUUUUUUCCAAGUUGCAGAUAUGGAAAAUACAAAAGUGAGGACUGUCAACAUUGUGGUCAUCAUUCUGCUAGUGUUUAUUUUGCUCAGUUCUUUGCUCAGCUCUGGAUUUACAUUCUACAAUGCCAUUAGUAAUCCCUACCAAACUUUUUUGGGUCCUGUUGGGGUCUAUGUCUGGAAUUCCAUAUCUUGCAUCUGCUCUCUUCUGGCUUUGAUACUGUUUGCUGUGAAUGUCGAAGUGAAUGACCUCUCCUUUGAGCUGACUGUCCAACACUGCAGUUGGUUAGAAGGCUACACAAAAAGCAUACAGACCAAUGCCUAUGGGUAUUCAUAUUGGAUCAUUUUCCUUAUAGUCUUUUUCGCUGCUGCAACUGUUAUAAUCAUGGUUUUUUACCAACAUGCAAGGUAUUCAAAAAGGAAAGAACAAGAGAAACCUAUAGAAAAUGCACCCAAAGAUGGCAUUUUAUUUUAGUGGGAUCAUUUCCUUCAUGUCAAUGCCUGAAUGUGCAAUCUAACCAUCAAUUACAU